AUAAAUGACCUUGUGCUUUUUCAAACUCAAGGUCGAAACGUGUUUCCUUUAUACAUAAUAUAGAUAUACAUCCUUCAAGUGUACUUCGGCUACGUAACUCCAAUAUUCUGAACAAAGUCCAACAUUCUGUUAAAUUACCUCACUUUCCAGACUUUGCGGAAUAGUUACUCAGAUUGUUCAUCAAUUUUGAAGAAGUCUGCUUCAUUUAUUCCCAAAAUUUCUCAUUACUUAAGGAAAACCUUAAAAUCUCCCCAAGGUUUCAGGGAUAUUUCCAGAAUUUUAUCUGUACGUAAACGGAUUUCCCUUUUAUUUGCAGUCGAUUUCGCAGACUUCACAUAGUUCGAAAAAUUUUCGUUUAUUGUUUCCCACAUAAACAUAGUUUUUUAAAGUUCGUGGCGAACCCCUAGGUUUCCACGGAUUCAUGAGAGUGUGACCAGUCUGUAACUUUUAGAAAUGUUGACGUCGUUGCAACGUUUUAUCUGGUUGCUACGUUAAAGAAAAUACUUAAUUAAGUUCCAAAGAAAAUUCAUUGAAAUCACAUUCUAUUUAUGCACUCUCGUUAAAUAGUAAUCUGGGGUUAGAUGCUGUUUGUCCGCGAAUAAUAAAGCCCGGGUCCAAGUGUUAUGUAUAUGAGGCUAAAAAGUGUCCAGGCCCUAGUUCCAAAUGGCCACGCGUGAUUGUUUAUGGAAAGUAAGAACCGACCAAUAUAAAAAUAAGUGUGAUUGUAAUCAUCUAUGCACAACAAAAAUUCUGGGGCUUUGUCAAUCAGAUUCAAUAGAUUUCCCCGAAAUCGGUGGAUAUAUUGACGAAAACCCAAAAUUUUUCUGAACGUUCAAGAGUUUCCCCUAAGUAUGUGGAAAUUUCCGGUUUUCCAGUCGCAUUUCGCAAUCCAACGUUGGAUUUUCGCUCCAAAUUCAUUAUCCAUUUGGCUAAAUAGCAUUUUGGCAUUAUGGCUGAUGCCAGUUCGUGAUGAAAGCACUAAGUCUGGUUGCUGGCCCUAACGUCCAAUUUUAAUUUCCAAUAUUAAUUCCUCAUCAAUUCAUAACUCUCAUUUAACCCUAUUAUGUAGGUGGGCAUUCGCAAAGUCAUUUUACCAUUGCUCAAAAGUCAUCUAUAAAUUAUGAUGUCAGAGAAUAAACUUAUAAACCACAUAUAUUCCGUUUGUUCAUUCCGUUUUGUCUUCUACUUUUAACCUCACUGCCAUUUCCCACUAUGUACAUUGUGUGAUGCGAGAUUGUGUUUGUUUUCAAUCUUGCUUCGCUUGUCGAGAUUCGAUUGGUCGGUGGGAAAAUUUGUACUCUGUAGGUUUAAUGUCUUGGUUUUUGAUUUUAAACUCAGCUUUCGUCAUUUUAGCGUACCUCUGUUUUUAUUAAAGUCAUUCAUUGUGUAAAUGCUGUUUACUACUCUUUUGUUGACGAGUGAUCAUGAGACCGGAUUUUCUGUUGAUGGCUUAUAUGAAUAUUGUAAGCUAAAUUUAGUUUCAAAUAUAUUUCUGUCAGACGCACAUUCAUAUCCAGUGGGCGUGAAAGCAUAGUUUAGCGCCUUAAUAAACGUUAAUGAUAUCUCAAAUUACUUAAGAUUGGCUUAACAGUAAGUAUCCACAAUUACAUCUACUCUAGUUUUCACAUAAAAAAUAUGCUGGAUUCUAUCCAAUAAUACUCGCAUACCUACCUAUCGUAAUCAGUCACAUAUAGCUUGUACAAGAUGAUAAAGCUGACUAUUGUAAAGCAAACUUACACUUCUAUGCCAUUAGGUGGCAUCAUCUCAGAUGAUAAUUCUUCAUUAUUUGCUUCAACAGGAACCUUUUAGUAGUAUAAAGGGUCAAUUUCUAUGCUCUACAUUUAUUAUAACUGGUUGACUGUGUUAUAAUAUAUUUGAUUCUGCUUAUUAACCGGCGAAAUUGGUCCUCAUAACUCUAGCUACAUAUAGCACAUUAAAUGAUACAUACUUGGGUUUGAUGGAGUACUUAAUGUUUAGAGCAUUAUUUUAUCGAAGGUUUUUUGAAGUACUUUUAUACGUUCUAAAAAAAUACAGUAAUGUCAUUCAGUCAAUUCAUUUAAAUGUUGUUACUAUUAUUUUUAUCUUAUGUUACUGUUUUCAUAAGCUCAUGAUUACUCAUACUUGUUAUCAGUUUUAAUUUUUCAGAACCUUCUUCCGUAUAUUGAAAUCUUCUACUGCAUGAACUUCGAGUAUACAAAUGGAGACCUUAUAUUGCGGUCAACUAAUACUGCUUCGAAAUUCGAUAAAACUUUGGAUUCCUUAUGGACUCUCGCUUAUGAAUCCAAUUACUUUCGUUACAAAAUUGACACAUCAUUGAGUUCAGUAAAGAAAAUUUGUUCUGGAAAUGUAAAUAUCUUAAUUUUACCUAACAAUGAUCGAUUCAGCCAUCGGCGUAAACCACAACCAUUUAAAAGCAUUAAUGAUCAACUUUCGUCCGAAUCCUUCAAUUUUAAUAGAGUCCCCAAACAUGAAUUCUUGUUAAAUGUUUCUGAAAAACAUGCCACAAAAUCAUGUUCUAUACUGAUAAAUGUCAGUCCAUUUUCAUAUUUACAUUCUCUUUUGGUUCCGGAAGUAGAAAAAUGCCACAAUCAGUUCCUUGGAAAAGACUCCUUUUAUUCAGUAAUCAAGUGUUUUCUUUUGAGUAGCAACAGAUAUUCGUGUAUGGGUUUCAAUAGUCUAUUGGCCCAUGCUUCUGUAAAUCACUUACAUUUUCACUUUUGGCAAUCACCAGAAUACUUACGAGCUAUGUCCACAGAUAUUAAAUUGAAAUACGAAAAUUUAUUUUACUAUGAAUUGGUUGAUCAUCCCGUAGAUAAUUUUGUUCUUGAAUUAACCGAUUUAACAGAAUUGGAUCGAUUUGUAAACUGUUUAUGGAUAGUAAUCUCAUCUUGUCAACAUCUACAAAUUGCCCACAACGUAUUCGUAGCACGUUCUAAAUCCACUGGUUAUGUACGUGUUGUUGUCUGGCCGCGUUGCUCAGUCUUCGAAACAAAAAAUCUAUCUACAAUUGACUCGGAACCCAGUUUUUAUGUGGCUGUUGCCGAACUCGCCGGAAUGAUGGUUGUUGUUAGUGAAGAUGUUGCCUGUACGUUGAACUUUGAUAAAGUAGAAUCCAUCUUGCGUAGUGAACGUCUACCUAGAAGCACCAUCAACGCCCUCGAAUGCAAAGUAUUUGAGACUUUAGGCAUCCAGCAAGCGUCACAAGAGCAGAUCAACUUAUUUUGAGAAGUAUCUACAAACUUGCACUCCUUCUUUACUAUUCUGAAUCCAUUUACUGUCCAAAUUUUGUUAUAUAAUGUAAACUUAAGGUUCGCUAAGUGAACCGGGAAUUUGUUACUUUGAGGUUAUGUUGAUUCUACCUGUCGUUAUUUCUACCGCAUCCCCACUUCUGAAUAAUCAAGAUAACUUUCCUUUCUAUAAAUUGUACUUAUUAGUCGAACUUCCUAUAACAGCUCCAUGUCAUGCUUAUCACCAUUUUUAACUAGAUAUAUCAUUAACAUAAACAUAGUUUACAUAGACCUCAUUUAUAUGCAGAGAAAGCGGUAUUUCUUAAUUACACAAGUUUUAGUAGUACUUCCCAGAUGCAAAUUCUGUUCAUGCAACCAAGAUACUAAUAUGCUUUCAAGUAUAGGUGGCCAAUAUUCCAUCACAAUCUGUAGGACGAACACUGCGUCGUAAUAUAAAACACAGCUAUAGGAAAUACCAAGCGUAAUAGAACAG